CCAAUGGGGGACGGAGUUUCUCAACCAGAGAUCAAAGUUAUAAUUGAUGCUUCAGUCAUCACCAAUGAGGGAAAAUAUGACCACCGUACCGAGCUUUCCAUGGGGUCACCCACAUGGCUAUCCAUUUUAACUAGCCUCCAUGCAGGUUACUUCAGAAUAAGCCUCUCUCUUGGUAGUCAAGCUUUGCUGUGGAAGACUCUAAGAGAGCACACACAUGACUCACAAACUCUCCAACGUGUGUUUCAUAAACUCCCUUCGACAGCUUUCCUUUUAAUUUGGUAUCUCUCACUUUUCACGCUGAUCAUUCUCGGUCUCCUCUACAUCCUGAGGUGCAUUUUUCACUUUCACUUGGUGAAGGCGGAGUUCUUGCACCAUGUGGGAGCGAACUAUCUGUUUGCUCCUUGGAUAUCAUGUCUUCUCGUGCUUCAAUCUGCACCGUUUGUCAUCUCAGAGACCGUGUCCUACCAACUUCUAUGGUGGCUCUUCGUCAUCCCAGUGGUGGUUCUAGAUGUCAAAAUCUAUGGGCAGUGGUUCACAACUGAGAAACGGUUUCUAUCAAUGGUGCCAAAUCCUACAAGCCAUAUGUCAGUGAUAGGGAACAUGGUGGGUGCUUGGGCAGCUGCUCAAAUGGGGUGGAAAGAGAGCUCGGUUUGCAUAUUUACACUCGGAGUUACACACUACUUGGUCAUCAUCAUCACACUGUAUCAGCGGUUGUCAGGUGGCGAUCGUCUUCCAGCAAAGCUACGCCCAGUUUUCUUCUUGUUUGUGGCUGCACCAAGCGCGGCAAGCCUGGCUUGGAACUCCAUCUCUGGGACAUUCGACACACCAUGCAAAAUGCUCUUCUUUCUCUCACUCUUCCUCUUCACAUCCUUGGCUUGUAGGCCAUCACUUUUCAAGAAAUCAAUGAAACAGUUCAACGUGGCAUGGUGGGCCUACUCGUUCCCACUCACAUUCCUUGCCCUAGCCUCCGCGGAGUACGCCCGACAAGUGAAAGUCCUUGUAGCAACAGGACUAUUGCUAGUCCUAUCAGCACUAUCUGUUCUGGUUUUUCUUAGCUUGAUGGUGUUAACGGUAGCCAACGCCAAAAUGCUUUUGCACGAACAAGGUACCAGGGAUAGGGAAGUCAAUUUUACCCGCGAUGUAGGUAAUCCAUCAUGCCCCGGGACUACCAGGAAGGGUAUGGGAGGCUCGAACUCAGGGAUAGAAAUGUCUAUAGAGAAAAGAGUAAGAUCCCAAAACGGGUUCGGAACAAACUAGGGAACUGAUCAAAUCUGCCUCCUGUUACUGAUAAAGGUUCUACUCCAACAUUGCAAGUAAUGGCAUAAGCUUCUUGCAUAACUGUAAAAGGCAUGCUAUUCUCUUGUAUAAAGAUAACAUUUUAAGUGCAUAAAGCCAUUUGGUAUCUAAAUGUCUUGCAUCUUU